GCGCGACGGCAGUUCGGCCACGUCCCUGGCCACGUCGCGCCGCUCUCGCCAUCUUCUCCGCUUCCUCUCAGGGGCCGCCGCCUCCUUAGUCGCCGAGCUCCGUGGCCGCCGCGCCAACUGUCGCCGCUGCCGCCAUGAACAUCUUCCGGCUGACCGGGGACUUGUCCCACCUGGCGGCCAUCGUCAUCUUGCUGCUGAAGAUCUGGAAGACGCGCUCCUGCGCCGGUAUUUCUGGGAAAAGCCAGCUUCUGUUUGCACUGGUCUUCACAACUCGUUACCUGGAUCUUUUUACUUCAUUUAUUUCGUUAUAUAAUACAUCUAUGAAGCUUAUCUACAUUGCCUGCUCCUAUGCCACGGUGUACCUGAUCUACAUGAAAUUCAAGGCAACUUAUGACGGCAAUCACGACACCUUCCGAGUGGAGUUUCUGGUGGUCCCUGUGGGAGGCCUCUCAUUCCUUGUCAAUCAUGACUUCUCUCCUCUUGAGGUUAGUUUAAGAGGUCAUGUCUGA